CAAUAUCUAGAAUGGCCAGCAACUCAGUGGGCACUUUACAAGGACCUGCAACAGCUUUACAUGACCGUUGAGAGUUCAGCCGUUGACCAAGCAGAAUUCCUUGAAGUUGACGUGAUGACAGGCAGACUAACUCUGAAGCCAAAGACGGUUCAGAUGGUGCCUCGCUACGAAUGGGGUGAUCAAGAGGAUUGGCACCACAGCAGUGAGUCCGUCAAUCAGUCAGGCAGCCAGUCAGUGCUUUCUAUGGAAGUUAUGACGAUUCGUCUUGGAGAACUAGGACAGCAGGAAUUCAUUCAGCAUUGGCCCAUAUUACAAGGUGAAUGA